CCAGACUUGAUAUCUGGCAUCGUAACGUCCAACGCCUCGUGCUCUAACGGCCACCGCUGCCAUGGAAACCGGUCACCACAUGCUGCUCCGCAGCCACACCAAGAAGCACCAGACGCAGCAGAAGUGCCUCGUCCUGCCGUCGAAGGAGCAGUCAGCCAUGCCGUCUCAACCGAGCACCGGCAAGCUGCACACGUUCGAGCGGCUGCAUGCCGAGGGUUUCGCCUAUCUGGCCGACAACUCGUACAUCCGUUCGGGUUACCGACUGCAUUACUCGGCGCGUGACUGCUUUCUGUCGCUCUUCGAGCUGCACAACGAGACUCUCAACGUGUGGACGCACAUGGUCGGAUCGUUUAUUUUCCUCAUGCUUAUGGUCUAUCUAGCACUCUCAAGCCACGCAUUGUCCCCUGCGGCUGAUACUGCAGCGCUCGCUGGGCUCACAAGCCCGCAGACCUGGUGCGACAAUGGCCAACAGUGGAUUGUGGACGGCCGUCACACGCCACGGAUGCUGCUGGCCUCUGGCCUGACCGAGCUCUGCCCGCCGCCUACGGGUCGCGUGGCGCCGGCCAAGUACUACGAGGUGGCAAGCGUCAUCUUUGACCACAGUCUACAGCGUUUGCCCAGUCUCGAACGCUUCCACGCACUCGUGGAGAAGAACGUGGGCGGCUUCUCUGAGUCGGUGGGUGCCCAGAUGGAGCAGCUUCGCAGCGAGCUGGGCGCGUUGUCGGCGCGUCUCGGGGGCCAGAUGCGUGACGCCCAUUCUGAGCAGGUGCAGUCCCUCAAAAUGCAGCUGGGCGAGCGUGUUGAGUCGCUGUCGGUGUUCCUGCAGGACGUGGCCAGUCAGGUGGGAGCGGAUCUGCCCAUGAAGUACGCUCUGGAGGAGCUGGACGGCGUGGCCGAGAGUGUACGCAAGGGUCUCCACAUCUUGGCCACCGCUGAGGGCCCCCACAACGUGCCGCACUGGCCAAUCUUCGCCUUUAUGGCCAGCGCCGUCAUCUGCUUGACAUGUAGCGCCACGUUCCACUUGAUGUUCGUGGUCAGCCGCUCGGCCUACAUGUUCCUGUCCCGUCUGGACUACGCUGGCAUCACAAUUCUAAUCGCGGGGUCCUUCUAUCCCUUGAUCUACUACUCGUUCUACUGCCAUCCGUGGUUGCGCACCGUCUACCUCACGUCCAUCUCGACCAUGGCCGCGCUCACUUUCGUUGUGGCGCUCAUGCCGAUUUUCGGCACGCCCAAGUUCCUCGUGGCACGCACGUGCAUCUUCCUGGCGCUGGGCUUCUUCGGUGUGGUCCCCGUGACGCACUUGGUGUGGCACUUUGGCCUCUUCGACCCUCACGUUACGGUCAUGAUUGGCCCGCUGUUGCUCAUGGGGCUCCUGUACACGAGUGGAGCCAUCAUCUACGCGACCAAGUUCCCGGAACGCUUCUUCCCCGGCCGCUUCGACUUGUGGUUCUCGAGUCACCAGCUCUGGCACAUUUGCGUCGUGGCCGCUGCGCUCGUGCACUUCGCCAACGCUUUACAGCAGUAUGAGUGGCGCUGGAAUACACAGUGCGAGGCAUAGCUAGAGACGUGCUUGUUGGUCGCAUCUCAAGGUGCCGCUGGCGGGAAGACGAUGCGGUUAAUUAAGAGUGCGCCUUUCAGAUCUUAUGCUUCCGGUUGCUAUUUUGGUCGUAAACCCCUUAAUUGAAGCUCAUUAUUAGUGU